CUUUACCGUGAUGUGAUGCUAGAGAACUUUGCACUUAUUGGCUCGCUGGGAUUUGCAUCUUCAAGGUGCCAUGUGGUUGCCCAGCUGGAGAGUGAAGAAGAGUUCUGGGUUCCCAGCAUGGUGGACCUGACUCUGGUCAGCAGAGUUGAGGCCAGGAGGGGUCCUGGUCUUGGUUGUCCAUGUAGCCUGAAGGAUGGGGAAACCCCUACAGAGCAGAUGAAGAGUUACAGAGUCUACCUGUCAGAGAAGCCCUCUCUGCUUGGGGAGUCUGGGAAGGACAUGCCUACCACCUUAGAUCUUCUCCGGCAGCAGGCCACCCACAGCAAGGGGAAGCCACACAGGAGCACCGAGCAUGGAGAAGCCUUCCAACCCAGCUCCAGUAGCCAACAGCAGCAGGCAGUCCGUGCCACACAGAAGGCCUUCAAGUGCAGUGACUGCGGGAAAGCCUUCCCAAAGGCCUUUGCGCUCCUUGACCACCUGGUAACCCACCCCAAAGAGAGACCCUUUAGAUGUCCAAAAGGUGGAAAUGCCCCCAAGGAGAAAUCCACCCAUGUUAAUUACCAAAAAAUUCACACUGGAGAAACAUCCCAUGUGUGUACUGAGUGCGGAAAGGCCUUUAGUUAUCCCUCUAAACUGAGGAAGCACCAGAAGGUUCACACGGGCAUAAAACCUUUCAAGUGUGAUGAAUGUGGCAAAACCUUCAACCGCAAAGAUGCACUUGUUCUGCACCAGAGAAUUCACACUGGAGAAAGGCCUUAUGAGUGCAGCGAAUGUGGGAAAGCCUUCAGCGUUCUGUCUACUCUCAUUCGGCACCGGAAAGUUCACAUUGGAGAAAGGCCCUAUGAGUGCAGGGAAUGUGGGAAGUUCUUUAAAUACAACCAUAGCUUCAUUCUUCAUCAGAGAGUUCACACUGGAGAAAGGCCUUAUGAGUGCAAGCAAUGUGGGAAAACUUAUGUGACCCGCUCUGGCCUGUAUCAGCACUGGAAAGUUCACACUGGAGAACGGCCCUAUGAGUGCAGCCUGUGUGGGAAGACCUUCACCACCAGGUCCUACCGCAAUCGGCACCAGCAGUUCCACACUGAAGAGAGGUCCUAUGAGUGUACAGAAUGUGGGAAAGCCUUCAAACAUAGUUCUACCCUUCUUCAGCACAAGAAAGUCCACACUGGAGAAAGGCCAUAA